AUGAGUGAGGCGAUCGGGCUCCACGAGCUGGAGCGCCUGUGGGAGACGAUCCAAGCGCAGAUCCAAGAACAGGAGAGGAAGUUGCGCAUCCGAGAUGAGUGGCAGAGAGCCCUGGAUGAGCUUGAGGCGGAGAAUCAGAGGAAGAAGGUCGAGCUUGAGGCAGAGAUUCAGAGGAAGAAGCUUGAACUCAACAAGCGCUACACAGAGCAGCUUGCCCUACAGGAUCAGCCAGCCCCAACGAUUCUGCUGCCAGGUCCCUCCCAGGCCAAUGUAAGCCCCAAUGCGGAGCGCAGCAUGCCGGCUGCCCCGCCUGCUGCAGCUGCAGCGGCCAGCCACGACCAUCAAGUCCUGCUGAGCAACGGCUCUCUCACAGGCGGAGCGCCUGGAGCCAAGACUGCUGCAGAUGGCAGCCCAUAUGCUGGCGAAGCAGUGGAUCAGCCCAUGUCUGAUGACCUCGCCGGCCCUUCAGGCCAGCAGGACAACACUGGAGCAGCAAUGGAUUUCAGCGAUGGCGGUGCAGAGGAUAAUGAUGCAGAGCCUUUCCCAGACAGUAUGUUCCCAGACUCCGAGGAUGAGGCUGAAGCAUCAGAUCUGCUGCAUGCCACCAGGGAUGCCCCAAGGCAGUCUGUGGAAACCUGGAGCAGACUGGCAGAUUCCAGCCACAGCAACACAGAUGAGGACGAGGCGCAGGCCAGCGGGCAAGCAGGCUCCAGGGAAAGGGCAGAUGCAGAGGCUGCUAGCGGCUCAGGCGCUGUUGCGCAGGGGAAACGGCGGUGCGCAUGGCCCAGUCACUUGUGGGGGAAGCUGGGUCUUGAGCCGCCAGAGGAGCCGUCUGCUGCCCUGGCCCCUUGGCGCACCAAGCUGAAGGCCUUGAAGACAGAUAUUGAGGAGCUGGCAGAAGAUGACAACGGCCCCUAUGGGUGGGCGUACCUCCUCGGCCGAGAGGGGCUGUCAUACCAGAAGGGCCAGCAGAAGCUGCUGCGAAGGCAGCUCUGGAGUGGUUUCACUCCCAUGGAGGAUGUGACCUCUUCUGAGGGCAGCGAUGACGAUGAGGACGGCUCAGGAGACAGCGCCUUCCAGGUGCUUUCUGGAGAGCUGCCAGACAAGGGAGAGGCGCAGAGCAGUGGGGUCGAGGAGGGCGAGGAGGAGGAUGAUGCAGAAGACGCCACGGCGGAGGAUCUGCUGUUUGAGGACAGCAGCAUGCGCACGGCGAGGGAUCGCGUGAAGGCAGCAAUCAAGGCGCUGCUAGUAGCUGCACUGCUGCAGGAGCCCCGCGCCAGUGCAUUGCUGGAGAUCAUGGCCGGCCAUGUGGCUAAAUUUGCGCAAGACCUGGUGGACAAGCGGCAGUGGGGCUCUGCCAGGGUGCUGACUCCGGCCAUUCUGGGGCGCAUAGCAACGGCGCUUGAGACCACCAUUGAAGAGCUGGCUGGCAUGGCCGCCAAGUGGCAGGAGAAACAUGUGCCCAGACUGGAGCAGCGAGCCUACCGCUUCUGGAGGCUGGGCAGGGCUGCAGAGCAGAGGGAAUGCUGGACACAUGAUCAGCACCACACACAGGCAAGCUCCAAUUUCAUCGGCCGGCUGCUGGAUCUUGUGGUGAAGGCGCUGGAGGCUCAUGUGGGCAACCACGGGGUGUCGGUGAAGGCGCUGCGCAGGCACAGCCAGAGUCUGGAGGCCACCUUAUUCCUCAUACUGGAGCGGGACUUUCAGCUGCGAAGUGCUGCUCUUCCCAAGGCUCCUCUCCGGCCACAGAGCACCUCGAAGAGGAAAGAGCGGAAGGCAGAGGAGGGUCAGCAGGAUGCUGCUGAUGGCGGCGAUAUCAGCGAUGAUGCAAGCACCGGCUCAUGGCUGGUCAGCGAUGACGAGGACGCUGGACAGCCGGCUGAAGCCGACACUCACAUGGAAGAAGCAGGUGGCGGUGUCGGCGAUGACGGCAUUGAGGGAGAGAGCUUGCACAGUGGCAGUGAGGGAGAUGAUGACGAAGAAGAAGGGGAGGGAGGCGAGGAAGGGGGGCGCGACAGGGCUUGGAAUGCUGCUGGCCUGGCUCCUGGGGCCACCCAGGUGCUUGUGGCUGGCAGGAGGUCCCUGCAAGGUGCACCCGAUGCACUACAGCCAGCUGCCGAGCCAUCAGGAGAAGAAGCUGCUGCAGAGCCAAAGGGAGCUGCAGAAAAACAGGAAGCUGCAGACAUGGAGGAAGCUGCUGAGCCACAGGCAGCUGCAGAGCCAGAGGUAGCCGCUGAGGAGGCUCCUGCAGAGGAUGCAGCCAUGGAUGGAGCUCCCGUGGCUCAUCCUGAGCUUGGCCCAGCAGAACAGGAAGCAGAUGCAGUCGGAGAUGAUGACAGUGCAGACCAGCAGGCACCAUCAGCUUCUCAGGAGGCUGGACCUGUCUCUCCACCACCGCCUGACGAAGCCCUUGACGAAGACAUGGGAUUGGGAGCAGAGGCACAGCCAGAAGGAUCCCCGUCCUCAGACGCAGACGCUGCCAUGCGCGCACGUUCGCUGCAGAGGAGCCUGCUGCAGCAGUUCUCUGAGGCACCAGUCCCAGAGGAAUCUGCCCCGGGAGACACUGUGGCGAAGCCCAUUGUGCUGGAGUCGGACGGGGAUGGGGAUGGUGACGUGGACGUACAGACUGCGGACGACUUUGUGCAGGGCACUGAGGUGGAGGUGCGCAACGCUGGCAGUGAGACGUGGUCGCCCGGCCGCGUCCACUCUGCCUUCGGCACAAACAUCACUGUGGAAGUGCCGGCUGCGAGUGAUGCUGAUGUCGCAGCAGGGGAUGGCUCAGAUGCAGAGGAAGAAGAUUCUGCGCCACGCAAGGCAGCAGAGAGGGGCCCCGGCAGGAGCUCUGCUGGCGCCAGGGGCAGAUCCACCGCUGCCAGAGCGAACACUGGAAGAGAGUGGUCCCCCCCAGUGCGCGAGGGCAGGGCGCUGGGCAGGCACAAGUCCAAGGGCGCGAGCGCGGAGAACGUGCGGCUGAUGGAGGAGAGGUUCGAGUCCUACGGCCUGCGGCUGCGGGGCGCGAGGUCGUCUUCUGGUGACGAGCCACAUUCCAGGGGCCGGCGGUCCGUCAGCGCGUCGGGAGCCUCCAGCCGAGCCACCUCCCAGGGGGCGUCUAAGCGCCGCCGGCCGCGGGAGGAAAGCCGGGCCGGCAGUGCAUCAAGAGCAUCGAGCGGAGGCAGCUCGCAGGGGGCAGCGGCAACUCGCCGCCGUAUGGGGGCAGUCGGCAGGCGGAGCAUGCUUGCGAAGGGGUGUGUGCGCAGGCAUGCCAGGCCUGAUGUCUCCGACGAUAACCAUGCAGCUGCUGCCCAGCCUGAUAAGUCAGAUGACGAGCCUGCAGCUGCCGCCGGCAAGGCGCCUUUCUCGCAGCACGUAAGCACAGCCGGGCGGUUUGCUGCUAACAGACGCGCGAGACAGCUCUUGCGCAGCUCAGCCGAGCCGGAUGCGCCGGCAGCUGCAGUUGGCAAGGAAGCUGGCUGGCAAGGCGCAGCCGGGCGACUUGCUGAACGCGGCUCCGAGGGACUCAUUGCUCGCAGAUGGGCCCUUGGCGUGUCACGUCUGCGGCGCCGCGUAGAGGCUACAGACGAUGCGCAGCAGACGGACGACACCCGGCAGCGGCCCGCUGCAGGGGCGGAUGCGGGAUUGUCGUCUAGCCCGGCUGCCGCCAAAAGGUUGACUCUUCACGAGACGAGACCACUUCCGGUGGAGGCACCUGCUUCAGGCGCUGAGUCCAGAGCAGCUGCAGAGCUGCUGCGUCAAGCCCGCACACCGCUCUCUCACUCUGUGAGCUAUUCGCCGCCGCUCAUUGUGCGAAGGAGAUUAUCUCCUCUGCGUCCGCUCAAUGUGCCGUCUACCAGCCCGCUGCCGCUUGACGGCGCGGCGUCCGAUGGGUCCCGGGAGGUGAAGCGUGCAAAGGUGUACCAGCCGCCCUCGAGCUUCACCAGCGCCAGUCCUACUGCGCCGGGGCAGAAGAGUCGCGGCGACGGCAGCGCCGCAACGGCCUCGGCAGAGCAUGGGUCACUGGACAGCAAGUGGCGGCAGCAACAGCUACUGCAGCAGCAGGCGAGUGGCCGGCGCAGACCGCGCUCCAGGAGCCGCACAGGUAGCCGGGAGGCAACGCCGCGCAAAGACGAGGACAUUGUGGUGGACCUCACACAGUCUGACAGCGGACCAUAG